AUGGCUACUGUAGUACCCCCACCAUCCAAGAAACAGAGGAGAGAGGCGCAGCAAGUGCGUGACGUGCAACUCAUCCCCGAUGAUGUGCCCAAUGUAUUGAUCAAAUUCCAAGCUUCAGACACUGGUGAAACCGUUGGGGGAUCUCUUAGAGUGCCUGGUGGUAUCACGGAAAAGCAAUUGGAAGAGCUUUUGAAUGAAUUACGUGGAGAAAAGGAUGAACCUGUGCCGUAUACUUUCGCCCUCAUGGGUGAAAACGAUCAAUUGGGAGUUGAUAUCAAGGACAAUCUUUACACAUCGGUACUUCAACCAGGUAUUCGUACCACUGAAGACUUCAUGACCUUGGUGUAUACUCCCCGUGCCGUGUUUAAAGUGAGGCCAAUCACCAGACUGAAUGCCGCCAUUGCCGGUCAUGGACUGACGAUUUUGUGCUGUGAGUUUGCCCCCAACGACUCCGGAAGAAUGUGUAGUGGUGCUGGAGACCUGACAGCCCGGAUCUGGGAUUGUAACACACAAACCCCCAUGGUGACGUUGCUGGGCCACUCCAACUGGGUGUUGUGUGUCAGCUACUCCCCAUGUGGCCGUGUGAUCGCCACGGGUAGUAUGGACAACACUGUGAGGUUAUGGGACGCCGAACUGGGUAAACCUUUGGGUAGUGCUCUUCUGGGUCAUACCAAAUGGAUUUCCAGUUUGGCCUGGGAACCACUUCAUCUCAUCGCUGAUGAUCAAACUUAUCCACGUCUUGCCUCUGCUUCGAAAGAUGGUACAGUGAAAGUGUGGGACACCGCUCGUCGUACUUGUCUUUACACCAUGUCUGGCCACACCAAUGCCGUCUCAUGUAUCAAAUGGUCUGGACAAAACAUCAUCUAUUCCGGAUCCCACGACAAGACCAUCAAGGCCUGGGACAUCACUGCCGGCGGUAAGUGUAUUCAAACCCUCAAGGCCCAUGCCCAUUGGGUUAACCACAUCAGUUUGCUGACUGAUUACACAUUACGUAGAGGUUGUUAUGACCAUGCCAGUACUAAGAAGGAUGCCAAGCAAUUACUGGUCCCACAGAUGAAGGCCAAGGCCUUGGAACUUUAUGAAAAGGCCGUCAAGCUUGGUGGUAAUGUUCUGGAAAGAAUGGUGACUGCCAGUGAUGAUUUCACCAUGUACUUCUGGGAACCACUCAAGUCUGGAAAGCCAGUGUGUAGAAUGUCUGGUCAUCAAAAGUUGGUCAAUCAUGUUCUGUUUCUGCCAGAUGGCCGUCACGUAGUGUCGUCCUCGUUUGACAACUCUGUCAAGGUAUGGGAUGGUCUUAGAGGAACUUUUAUUGGGACUCUUCGUGGACACGUUGCUCCCGUUUACAAGACCGCAUGGCUGGCGGAUAACAGACUUCUUGUCAGUUGUCUGAAGGACACCACCUUGAAGGUCUGGGACAUCAGAACCAGAAAGCUCAGUGUCGACUUGCCGGGCCAUGCCGACGAGGUUUAUGCUGUUGAUUGGAGUACUGACGGGAAGAAGGUUGCCAGUGGUGGUAAGGAUAAAAUGAUUAGAUUAUGGUCGAAUUAG